AUGACAACGCGUCGAUCGUCGGUUGGCGUGCCGUCUGUUGGCUCUAGUGUUUACGCGGUUGGCGGAUACGAUGGUCACAGUAGUAGACAUUGUUUGAAUACGGUAUGUCUUUUGAUCUGCGAGCAAAUCGUUGGCGUGCUGGGGGAACCAUUACGCGAGGUUCGAUCUGGAGCUGCAGUAUGUUCUCUUAAUGGUUCAAUGGUUGCUGCGGGUGGUCACGAGGGAGCAACUGUGAGAGAUACCGUUGAGAUCUAUAAUCCUGGGGUAGAUGAUGAUUGGGCAUUGAUUCCAAACAUGAGCGCUCCAAGA